CCGGGGGGGUGGGUGGGGGAAGGAGGUUAACGUUUGCAGGUCCCUAACGGAAAGAUCCCACCAGCCAACCCAGCUCCACCACUGCUGCAUCCAUCCAUUCAUUUUUAUGUUCACCAACAGCCUAUCCCGGUAGUGGAAGGUGCAGAGAAGUGGGAGGCAGGGAGAGAGAUAGAGAGAGAAAGACACGGACAGCGAGAAUGGCCGAGAGAAAGAGGAACUGGAAUAAAGAAGAUGACCUGCCUGUGUAUCUAGCUAGGCCGGGCACGACAGCUCAGACACCGCGACAGAAAUACGGGGGAAUGUUCGCCUCCGUGGAGGGGGCCUAUGAGAACAAAACCAUCGACUUCGAUGCCUACAGCGUGGGGAAGAAGGGGUCCCGGACCCCGCGGAGCGGCAGCCGGCACGACAUGCUGGACGGAGGGGACAACUACAGCGAGACCGCCAGCGACAUCAGCGAGAUCUCCGGCUCCGUCAUCAGCUCCCCGGGAGACCGGGAGGACAAGACCCCGGGCGUGGAGAUCAAAUACCCCAUGGGGAAGGAGCUGCUGCAGGGCCAGGACAAUGGACAGAGUGACCGACUGCUCAUUAAGGGUGGAAGAAUUAUCAAUGAUGACCACUCCUUCUAUGCAGACCUGUACCUUGAAGAUGGACUUAUAAAGCAAAUAGGAGAGAAUCUGAUUGUUCCUGGAGGAGUCAAGACCAUAGAGGCGAAUGGGCGCAUGGUUAUUCCUGGGGGCAUAGAUGUCAACACUUAUCUACAAAAGCCCUACCAAGGGAUGACUGCUGUUGAUGACUUCUAUCAAGGCACAAAAGCAGCACUAGCAGGGGGCACCACCAUGAUCAUUGAUCAUGUGCUUCCAGAACCUGGAUCUAGUUUACUGACCUCCUUUGAGAAGUGGCAUGAGGCAGCUGAUACCAAAUCCUGUUGUGAUUAUGCUCUCCAUGUGGACAUAACCAGCUGGUAUGAUGGGAUUCGAGAAGAGCUGGAAGUACUCGUGCAAGACAAAGGUGUGAACUCUUUCCAAGUCUACAUGGCGUACAAAGAUCUCUACCAAAUGUCCGACAGCCAGCUUUAUGAAGCCUUUACAUUUCUAAAGAGUCUUGGGGCUGUUAUCCUGGUCCAUGCUGAAAAUGGAGACUUGAUAGCUCAGGAACAAAAGCGUAUUCUGGAGAUGGGAAUCACUGGACCUGAGGGACAUGCCCUGAGCAGGCCAGAAGAGCUUGAAGCAGAAGCAGUUUUCCGUGCCAUCACGAUUGCCAGUCGAAUAAACUGCCCAGUGUACAUCACCAAGGUGAUGAGUAAGAGUGCAGCUGAUAUCAUUGCAAUGGCCAGGAAGAGAGGUCCCCUUGUUUUUGGAGAGCCGAUCACUGCCAGCUUGGGGACAGAUGGGACACAUUACUGGAGCAAAAACUGGGCCAAGGCUGCAGCUUUUGUGACCUCACCACCUCUGAGCCCUGACCCUACUACUCCAGACCACUUAAAUUCACUCUUAGCAUGUGGGGACCUGCAGGUGACGGGAAGUGGACAUUGCCCCUAUAGCACUGCCCAGAAAGCCAUUGGAAAGGACAACUUCACUAUGAUUCCCGAAGGGGUCAAUGGAAUUGAGGAAAGGAUGACUGUUGUCUGGGACAAGGCUGUAGCCACAGGCAAGAUGGAUGAGAGUCAGUUUGUAGCUGUCACCAGCACCAAUGCUGCCAAAAUCUUUAAUCUAUAUCCAAGGAAAGGCCGGAUUGCUGUAGGAUCCGAUGCUGAUGUUGUUAUUUGGGACCCUGAUAAGGUGAAGACUAUAACAGCCAAAAGCCAUAAAUCGGCCAUUGAGUACAACAUCUUUGAAGGAAUGGAGUGCCAUGGUGCCCCACUCGUGGUCAUAAGCCAAGGGAAGAUUGUGUUUGAAGAUGGAAAUCUGCACGUCAAUAAGGGAAUGGGCCGCUUCAUCCCUCGCAAACCUUUCCCUGAGUAUCUUUACCAGCGCAUCAAAAUCAGGAAUAAGGUAGGAGGACUGCAAGGAGUCUCCAGAGGAAUGUAUGAUGGACCUGUGUAUGAAAUCCCAGCUACACCAAAAUAUGCAACUCCUGCACCCUCAACUAAAUCCUCCCCUGCCAAAAACCAGCCCCCACCAAUCAGAAACCUCCAUCAAUCCAAUUUCAGCUUAUCAGGAGCUCAGAUUGAUGACAACAACCCACGUCGUACUGGCCACCGCAUCGUGGCACCUCCUGGUGGGCGCUCCAAUAUUACCAGUCUUGGCUGAGAAAUGAUGAUGGACAGAAACACAAGGAUUAAGGAUCAUGGGAAUAAUGUCCAUUCCCUUUAAUAUCUGUGUUAUUGACCCCACAGUUUUAUUUGGUACUAACGGAAAUAAAAAACAAAAUGUCUUUU